AUGUCCUCAAAUAGCAAUCUACGGAAAUCAAUGCAAGUACAAGUUGACAACCAGCGAGCAGCUGAGGCCUUAAGAAUAGCGACACAGAAUGCUCAACAUCAACAACAACAACAACAGCUCCAUCACCGUCAACAACAAGAAGAACAUCACCAGAAGCUAUUGAUGCACCAACAACAACAGUUACACCAUCAGCAACAAUCACAGCUUCAUCACCAACAACACCAACAACAUCAACAGCGUCAACAACAACAGCAACAACAACAACAGUACCACAUGCAACAAGCAGCUGUGGCUCAUCAGCAACAACAACAACAACAACUGCCUCAGGCAACAGAAUUCUCUGGAUUGACUGAAUUUGAUCUCAAGUCCCGUGACUCCAAAUAUAGAAGAUGGACACCCAAAAUGGAUCAAUUCCUUAUAAAGCUAUUAUCAGAUGUGGUACAUUCCUACCCCAAGGGAGCUGAAGCGACAAUGACAAAAAAAGCUUGGGCAUAUGUUACUGGUCAAUUACGAGGUGCUAAUCCUGAAACUGUCUAUUCUACAUAUACGAAAUAUUCCUGUCAACAACAUUUAUUAAAUGUGAAUCAUCAUAGAUACAAGAUAUGGUUUGUGUUAAUGUUACAUCAAAAGAAUAACCCAAGUAAUACUGGAUAUUCAUAUAGAUGGAAUCCUGAUUUAGGAAGAUUUCAAAUAAUUGAUAAUACGACAGGGUCAUUGAUACUCGAUGAAAGACAAGUUAAGUCAUUGUUGUAUAGUGAAUCACUUUCAUUACCACCAUUAAGUGCUUUCAAUAAAGGGAAUUUGAUUGUGAAUGAUUUCUUCCUUAGUGAUAAUUUAAAAUAUAUGUCGGUAUAUCAUAAUGAAGUAUUACCAUUAUUAAUUCGAUUAGACCCAAAAUAUGCUGAAGGUUUAGGGGAUAUCUAUGGAGAAAUUCCUAAAUUCGAUUAUCAAGAAGCCAGUCAUGAAUAUUUCAAGCCUUUAAUCCCAUUAAAAACAAAAUCGUCAACUUCAGUCAACUCAACUCCAAAAUCGAAAAAGAGACGACAUUCAACCGCAGACUCAACAACUUCCUCGGGCACAUCCGUUUCAGGAACAGUAACAGCAAACACCACCGUUGGAGUCGUAGCCACCAGUAGCGGCAACUCUGGUCUCCCUCAUUCCCAUGCCCAUUCUCAUUCACAUAGUCACAAUCAUGUUCCUGAUGCUGACGAUGUGACAUCGCUACCAUUCUCCAAAUCGCUUCUUCAUGAUGGGCCGGAUCCAACUGAUGUCACUAUGCAUCAUCUCACCCGAGCCCACCAUCAACAACAUCAAAACCAUAUUCCUAAUGCUAUGGAUGAAUCAGUCGAUCCGGCAUUAAAGAGAUCAAGAAUAACAGAUACAACUACAAUUGAUUUCGAGAAUGCAUUAGCUAGUGCUGCAAUUGCUGCUAUUAACUCUCCACCAGUUACAAAUGGACGUGAUCCAACUCCAUACUAUAUCAAAGAUCGCAAAUGGUUUAAUAAAUUAAUUAAUUUACAUGAUAGUGGAUUAAUUGGGGUGGAUGAGGUUUUGUCUGUAUGUGAAGGAGUUAGGGAUAAUAAAAUACCUUUGUUUAUGUUGAAUGUGUUGGAUCAUUCUUAUUAUCCUACUAGAAAUAAUGCUGGGAGUAUGACUGAAGAUAUACCUGAUGAAGAAAUGGCCAAGAGAAUAAGAGAAUUUAUGCUUCCUAUGGUAUAUAAUUCAUGA